CGAUGCUUAGCUGGUUGCAAAGAGGAAAUGUUUUGCUGUGCUUAGGCAGCGCCUUGUGCCGUCGACGCGGGGGUGUAGUUUCGUUGUGAAAAAAACGUGGUGUAAAUGAAAUCUUCCAAACUGGGAAAUCUGAAAUCGGACAGAUAAUUCACUUUUUACGUCGCGUGCAUUAUGCUACUAGCCCUCCUGCGGGGGGAUUAAUUUGCUGAGAUGGUUUCGUUGGGAAGGGUUGUCAAACUAUCCGCUGGAGUUCUCCGAUGUUCUCUACCGUACUACACUGUUGCCAGAAACAGGACAACACCGAUUAAACUCCUUUCAAAGAUCCGGUCCAAACAGCUCAAGUGGGGACAUCAAAGCGUUCUCUUCUACAGUACAACAGCACCCUCCAAUGAUAUUUCCGUUGUGUAUAAAUAUGGCCGGCCUGUGCUGACCAUCCCCCUGCCCUCCAGGAAGGAGGACUGCCUGUUCUUCUUGCGGCCCAUGCUCAUGAACGUGGGUGACUUCAUUGAGGACAUCCAGCGAGAGGAUGCGGGCGUGGCCACCGCCAUGGUGCUCACCUUAGAUGGACAGCGGGUGUCUUGCACAUCAUCGUUGGACACUUUGCUCAACAAAGACUUCCAGCUGGUCAUCAAUGAUGUCACCUACAAUGUUCACUCUCCCAGGCGAGAAAAGGUGUCCAGUGAGCACGUGAUGGAGGCAGAGGACAUGAAGACUAUCGUCCACAUGAUGCACAUGGCCAUGAACAUCCCAGGACAUUACCUGCUGAAGGAGAGGGACCUACUGGAAAAAAUCGACAAGCUUAAACAGGAGCUGUCGCCCUUGGAGACGGUGAAAGCCAAGCUUGCGCUCCGGGCAGAGUCUUCCACUAUCAGAGCUAUGUGGUUGGGCAUGGCCUUGUUGUCAGUGCAGGGGGGGGCACUGGGCUGGCUGACCUGGUGGGUCUACUCCUGGGACGUUAUGGAGCCUGUCACCUACUUCAUUACCUACGGCACCAGCAUUGGAGUCUUUGCUUACUUUGUCCUCACCAAGCAGGAGUAUAUUUAUCCUAAUGCCAAAGACAGGCAGUUUCUGCAUUACUUCCACAAAGGGGCCAAGAAGCAGCACUUUGAUGUACAGAGAUACAAUCAGCUGAGAGAUGAACUGACUCAGGUGCAGGAGGAUUUGAGAAGACUGAAGAAACCCAUCCAGCAGCAACUUCCUUUGGAACAGAUCUUAGCCAAAGAGUGAGGAGUGGGCAACACACUCAUUCUCUCACUGUCACUGUCUCACAGACGCACACGCAUGCACACACACACACACACACACACACACACACACACAUGGCCAAGGAUAUAAUGACAGGACUUCCUCCACCAUGUUCAAUUUUGAUGAUGGUGCCUUUUUCUUAUGUCUCUUCAAUAUUAUUUGAAUGCCUUUGUUACAUAGCCAAUCAUUGUUAUCAACAUAGUUUAAAUACAUUUAUAUAAUGAACUAUAAUGAACUAUAUACUGAAAUGCAUAUCAUGAUUGUUGCCCAAGUUCUAUGGUCUUAAGCACCAUACAGUCACUGUGAUCACUGUGGGAAAUGGGUUACACAGGAUCAGUGUUUACAGUCCCAUCGAUGGACGAUGAGUGUUUUCACACCCCCAUACAUGUUCUUCCUGUUUUCAAGGACUGCUAUGGUGAAAGUAAGGUACCUUGAGGGAGUAAAGAAAGAAAUCUGAUUUCUCAUUUACAGUAAGCCUGAAACAUGAAUCAUUUCUGCCCAUCAACCAAGGUUAAAACAAAGCAUGUUCAGACCAGCAAGAAAAUAUGACUUACUACUUGGGUGAAGCUCUUAAUCCAAGUCAAACCUGUAAAUCCUGGGUGCUUAUCUACUUUUAAUAAUGCUAUGACCUUUCAGAUCAAUAAAUAAUAAAGGACACUAGGCAGCA